UGGAUGACGUAAAUAAUACAGUACGCUCCAGGUGCGAGUUAGUGAAUCAUGAAAACACAUUAUGAUUCGUUAAAAUAAAGGAAUAUGUAUUAUAGGGUUGAGUAUUAUUGAAAUAAGCACAUUUAAUGAGUUAUAUGUUGCAGUUUGUUUUGUUUUAAAAUGGAUAAUGAACUAAGUAAUGACAUGAGAGUGGUAUUGAAGCAGAAAAAACCAUUAUGUAAUUGGAUUCCAGCUCGAUAUGCCCUUACAUUCUUGUCAUUUUCUGGAAUUUUCAUCGUUUAUGCAUUACGAGCAAAUCUCAGUGUAACUUUGGUAGCCAUGUUGAACAAUACAGCACUUGAAACCAAUGAGACAAUUUUAGAGGAAUGUCCAGUCAUACACCCUUUAAAUGAUUCUUCAUAUCAAUAUGAAAAGGAUGGAGAAUUUGUCUGGGAUGAAAAUAUUCAGGGCUUGAUUCUUGGUGCAUUUUUCUAUGGCUAUUGCAUUACCCAACUACCUGGAGGCGUUCUUGCAGAUAGGUUUAAUGCAAAAUGGAUAUUUGGGGGAGGAAUAUUUGUAACAGCUGUGUUAAGUCUUUUGACCCCUGUUGCAGCUAGACAUAGUGUAGAAGCUUUUAUUGUCGUGAGAGUACUGGAAGGUUUAGGAGAAGGAGUCACCUUUCCUUCUUUAUUUUCCCUUUUGUCUCAUUGGACGCCAAUUCAGGAGAGAAGCACAUUAACAGGUAUCACGGGUAGUGGGGCCAACUUAGGAAUGGUUAUCACACUUCCAGUGUCAGCUUUACUAUGUGAAUAUGGGUUUGAUGGAGGUUGGCCUUCUGUGUUUUAUGUUUUUGGUUUUUGUGGAGUUAUUUGGUUUUUAUUUUGGAGUCUACUUGUAACAAACACUCCAGAAAGCCAUCCAAGGAUUUCUGAAGAAGAGUUAAUUUACAUUCAACAAAACAGGCAUGCUAUAUCAUCAUCAUCAUCUCAUCAGAAGCAGGCAAUUCCGUGGAGAGCCAUCUUGACUUCUAGACCAGUAUGGGCUGUAGCAUUAACAAAAUGCUGUGCAUCUUGGGGCUUCUACACACUCUUCACCGAACUUCCAAAUUAUUUUAAUAGUGUUUUACAUUCUCCCAUCAAAAGAAAUGGUUUUGAAAAUUCUGCAAUGUACCUUGCCCAAACCAUAUCAGUUGUUAUUUUUGGUGUUGCCGCUGAUUGCAUCAGAGCUCGAAGCCAGCUUAAGAUUACUCAUAUAAGAAAACUGUUUGAAACAACAGGUUUGCUUCUUACAGGUCUGUGUUUGAUAGCUGUACCUCUUCUUCGCUGUAAUCACGUUGGCAUUCUUUCAGUUUUGAUACUUAGCAUGGUUUUCUUAGCGAUUACAACUGGUGGUGACACACCUGUUCCAUUGGAUCUUGCUCCGGCAUAUGCAGGUGCUGUGAUGGGAAUUGUUAACACAGUUACUAAUUGUUCUGGUAUUUUUGCACCUAUGGUUGCUGGUGCCUUAACAGAGCAUGCAGAAACUGUUGAACAUUGGGGCACAGUCUUUUAUCUCUCAGGUGGAAUUUGUGUGGUUGGAGCUUUCAUAUUCCUCCUCUUCGGAUCUUCAGAUCUCCAGCCUUGGGCUGUUCCAUUAGAUAUUGCUGAUGAUACUCAACCUAUUGUUUCUGAAGAAAAUAAUGAAAAUUUGCCCAAAGUAUAGAUGAAAUUGCCUUUAAUAAUGUGAUGUAAAAAUGUAAAGCAUCAUGAAAGGUUUUCAAAAUGUAUUUUAGAAUUUGCAUUUUAACAAAAAAUGUAUUUUAAUAGUUUCAACUUUAUAUUAUUCCUGUUGUUGUCCA